UGCGAGCAGAGCCAGCCCAGCCGGAGGAGGGGGGGGGGUCCCGCCUGCCAUCCAUCCAUCCAUCCAUCCAUCCGGACGGGGCCCUCUUGUUGCCUGCCCGUCUCCGUCUCGCCCCCCCCUCCCUCUUUUGUGUCUGGCGCUUGGACCUCCAGCGGCCAGGCUUGUCCUCCAGCUCCUCCCCGCCUCCACGUCGGGAGCCAAACCAGGUUCGGGAACCGGUUUGCGCCAAAGGAGGGUGACACCGUCUCGCCGGUGGCAGCAGCUGCGCGGCCGGGAAGGAUGGGGGUCCGCGGAGGCGCCGGAUCUCCCGCCGGGGGGGCUCCUCCCGUGCUCCUCUGACCGGGACCGAGGAGGAGGAGGAGACCCUCCCCACCCAACCACUCACCCACCCACCAACUCUGCCCCUCCGGACCGAAGCUGAGCGCCUGGCAGGAGACGGAUCUCCCCCUCCGAGAUCCCGGGCGGGGGGGGGGCUUAUUCCGCGAGGCCUCGGGGGUCCCCCGAGCUGGGGGGGGGGGUCCCUCAAAGCAGAGCUGGGGAGUUGGGGCAAGAAGAUUGCCGCCGAGAACCAGGGUUAACACCUGGGGGGAAGAAGCGCUCUGGCUAUUUCUCAGCAGAAGGAAAGGAGGAGAGAAGUCGCUGCUGCCCGCCCUACUCCCUCCCCCCCCCCCAAAAAAAGAUGCUGCAGAAGAUCCAGGCACCUGUUUUGCGGUGUCCUGAGCCUCCUUGCUCCAACUGCCUUUCUGGAAUGAUGGACUUCGGGAUUUCUGUGUUCUGCUCCAUUCAAUUCAUCCUUUCUGCUUGAAACUGACCGGACCUGAAAAACUCAAUUCAUCCUUUCUGCUUGAAACUGACCGGACCUGAAAAACUCAGUUCAUCCUUUCUGCCUGAAACUGACCGGACCUGGUUCUCUACCCAGGGCAUCUUGGCCUUCCUUCCCCAAUUUUCUGCUUGCUUCCUCGCUUCACACAGUGCUGUAUCGCCAAAGGCCGGAGCUGCAAGUUUGGGCACUAGGAGAGAAGAGCCCUUCCACAUCCCUGGGAAAUGGGGUGCUACUCCUGACCCGCCCUGGGGUAGCCCAAAGUGGUGAGAAGCCUGCCAGCCGCCCAUGCCUGGCCCACAGAAGCUGGCAUCAUGGCACGGCCUGCUCCAGGAGCGCUGCUCUUUGCCAACGGGUUGGGCUUCCCUCCCAGUAACGUGGCCCGGGUCGUGGUAUGGGAAUGGCUGAACGAGUACAGCCGGUGGAGGCCCUACACGGCAGCUGUCUGUCACCACGUUGAGAACGUCCUGAAAGAAGACGCUCGGGGCAGUGUGGUGCUUGGGCAGGUGGAUGCCCAGCUGUCUCCGUACAUUAUAGAUUUACAAUCCAUGCAUCAAUUCCGGCAGGAUACAGGGACAAUGCGCCCCGUGCGGAGAAAUUUUUACGAUCCUUCUUCCGCUCCUGGCAAAGGGGUGGUGUGGGAGUGGGAGAACGACAACAACUCCUGGACCCCUUACGACAUGGACAUCUGCAUUACCAUCCAGAACGCCUACGAGAAGCAGCAUCCAUGGCUCGACCUAUCCACCUUGGGCUUCUGCUACCUGAUCUACUUCAACAGCAUGUCGCAGGUGAAUCGUCAGACCCAGAGGAAACGCCGCCUCCGCCGGCGCAUGGACUUAGCUUACCCGCUCAUCAUGGGCUCCAUCCCUAAGUCUCAGUCCUGGCCGGUGGGGACGAAUUCUGGACACCCGUGUUCGUGCCAGCAGUGCCUGCUGGUCAACAGCACGCGGGCAGCGUCAAAUGCCAUCUUGGCCUCCCAACGCCGAAAGGUCUACUCGGGCAAUAGCAAUGGGACGCUGGCUGUCCGGCAGAGCAAUACUUUCAAUGGGACAACCUUGUGGCCUCUGGGGGCCGUGCAAGCAGGAGGGAUGGCCAAAAUGGAGCCGUCCCGUUCUGCCAAUGGGAUGCAAGCUACCACCACCUUCUCCCGAAGCCAGAGCGCGCCCAACAAUACUCAAGUGCCAGGUCAAAAUAACCUGAACCGGCCUGGGACGCAGCGUGCAGCCAUCCUAAGCAGCAGAGCAUCCAUUCCUCCAGGGGUUCCCGCUCUCCCAGUGAAGAAUCUGAAUGGAACUGGUCCAGUCCACCCUGCCUUGGCAGGAAUGACCGGCAUUUUGAUGUGUGCAGCAGGUUUGCCUGUCUGUCUGACACGAGCUCCAAAACCCAUCUUGCACCCUCCGCCUGUCAACAAGAGUGACAUGAAGGCAGUGCCGGGCAUUACUGGCAUUUGUCGUAAAACCAAGAAGAAACAUUUGAAGAAGAGCAGAAACCCCGAGGAUGUGGUACGACGUUAUAUCCAGAAAGUAAAGAACCCCCCUGAUGAGGACUGUACCAUCUGCAUGGAGAGAUUGGUGUCCUCCUCUGGUUACGAGGGCAUCCUCAGGCACAAGGGUGCCAAGCCGGAACUGGUAGGAAAGCUGGGAAAAUGCGGACACAUGUACCACCUCCUUUGUCUCGUUGCCAUGUACAACAACGGCAACAAGGAUGGCAGUCUCCAGUGCCCCACUUGCAAGGCCAUCUACGGGGAGAAGACAGGGACUCAGCCGCCUGGAAAAAUGGAAUUCCACGUCAUCCCCCACUCUCUUCCUGGCUAUCCGAAUUGCAAAACGAUCCGCAUCCUGUACAACAUUCCUGCGGGGAUCCAGGGCAUAGAGCAUCCAAACCCUGGAAAAAAAUUCACCGCACGAGGAUUUCCACGUCAUUGUUAUCUUCCGGACAACGAGAAAGGCAGAAAGAUUUUGAAACUCCUCAUUGUGGCCUGGGAACGCCGACUCAUCUUCACCAUCGGGACCUCGAACACGACGGGUGAAUCGGACACUGUGGUGUGGAACGAGAUUCACCACAAGACCGAAUUUGGCUCCAACCUCACUGGGCACGGCUAUCCUGACCCGAACUACCUGGACAAUGUCCUGGCUGAACUGACGGCCCAGGGGGUCUUGGAAGCCAACCUGAAGGACUGAGAAGGUGUUUUUUGGCCUCCGUCCACCCAACGUUCCUCCUGCCUCCAUUUUGCCACGUGCAACGCAAGCACUGCCUGUCUUCUCCUCCCUCUGUCCAUCCGUGUUUGUGUUUGCUGAUUGGCGAGGCAGCCGUGUUUGGGACGGUGCCUUCCACCUUCCCAAGUUGCUUUGACUAGCUUCAACUUCAAACCACCCCUGGCAGGAUUCGCAACAUGGUUUCGGGGUUCCCUCCCAGGACAAAAAACAAUCCAAAGCUUUGUGAGUGAGCAGCUGAUGCAAGCCUUUUGCUCGUCUCUUCUUUUUUUCUACCUGUGCGUGUAAAUUCUUGGCCAUUCCCAUGGAUUCAAGGCUCACUACUCCAAACGCUCCAUCUCUAGCUACUCCAAUCCCACACCCAGGUUAUUCUGCCUCCUUUUGUCUCUGUUCCUCGCUUGCCUGUGUGGCUCUGCCCAAAGAAGCAGGAAAAAUAUCCAACUUGGGCACCUAAGGAAGGCUGACGUGAUGGCUUCGCAGCAGGCAGAAUGUGGUCAACCAGCUUUGUCAUUUGCCUUCCAUGCAAAUAAAAAAGGGGCCCAUCCCCAUUUCUUUGGCUCUGUUCUCCCCCCCCCCCAGCCUUCAUUGAUGAAAUGCAAAGUUUAUCACCUAGUUGGUGAUGUUUCUCUUUAAAAUAUAUAUAUAUAUAUACUGCAAGAUGGAGGAGGUUUUGUAAUUGGAGCCACAGCUGGUGGUGAAGACUGGAAAGCUCACAAGAUCUUCUCCUUCCACCGAUCCCUUUUGUUAGCUGUUUAUUUAACAAACACAAAGUAUGUGUUGCAGGAUAAACUGGAUGCUUGGCCCUUUAUACUCCACCCACAAUACUUGGACAGACAGGCCUUUCUGACCGUCAGUCUUACAUCGUCUUCUUCUCAUCUCCCCAAACACCAAAAUACAUAGUUUUGGACCUGUGUUCUGAACCAUUUUGGUGGUGAUGGAAGAGGGCUGAUUCCUUUCUUCCUGCGGCAUCAAAUACCUGCAUCGAUUUCCCUGUUCUGCUUUUUUUGGUCCAUCGUCGACAAUGGAGAUGUUCCAUAUUCUGAAGCCUUAGGAGGACCAUUGUCCUCCUGGAUGGUUUUUAGAGUCUUGAAAGCCAAGUAUCAGUCCAUUGGGAAGUCUCGGCAAUUGUGUGGGGGCAGUUGCUCCCAUUGCCUCUGCCAUUCCUGAAAAGGCCCAGGCUUCAGCCAAUAAGAUGCCACCUUCUGUCUCCCCUUGCUUGACAUCCGUUUGACAGGUUGCGUUCCACCUUGAGGUCCUCCUCCGUUGAAAGAUGAAAAGAAAGCGAUGCCAGUUUCUGCAAACCAUACAACAGCCUGGAUCAGUUCUGGAGAUGUCUCUUCUGGCGAAUUUUCUAUCCUCCACAAUCUUAUGUAGCAUGUUCAAUUCUCCAGAUGCGAGGGCAAGACUGGGACACGUUACCAAAGAGGACAGAAAUAACUUAAAAGGAGAAAAUGUAACUUCUAUACACCGCUUUGGUCCAUAUCAAGCAGAUGCAAUAACAACAACAACAACAAUAAUAAAAAUGGGACGAAAACAGAGCGAAA